UCCAGCAGAGUCCGAACCGGCUGCUGGAAAGUGGGACCCUGGCCAUGAAGCUGCUCUGACUCCCAGGUGCCCCCCCACCAUGCUGCCAGGAAACGACUCCUCCGUGCGCUCCGAGUCCCAGGACAACAACCUGUCUGUGCGCGCGAGCGGCGGCGGCGCGGGCGGCGGGGCCGGCCCGGAGGCGGUGAUCGUCCCGGUGGUGUUCGGGCUCUUCUUCGCAGUGGGGGUGGUGGGGAACUGCCUGGUGUUGGUUGUGAUUGGAAAGGUGAAGAACCGCGGCGGAGCGCGCUCCCUCAGCCCGACCAACAUCUUCAUCGUGAACUUGAGCGUGGCGGACCUCAGCUUCCUCCUCUUCUGCGUGCCCUUUGAGGCGACCAUCUAUUCCCUGCCUGAGUGGGUGUUCGGGGGGUUCCUUUGCAAGUUCGGGCACUACUUUUUCACCGUCACCAAGCUGGUCAGCAUUUUUACGCUCGUGGCCAUGUCAGUGGACCGCUACGUGGUGGUGGUGCGCCCUAAAAAGUCUGCGUGCGCCCGCAGCCGCAUGAGCGCACUUGUUGGGCUGUGCGUCAUCUGGAUGGGGUCUCUGGUGUGCUCGGUGCCGGUGGCGUUGCAUCAGGUGGUCACCAACCACCCGAGCGCCCCGAACAGCUCGUUUUGCUGGGAAAACUGGAGAGGGCCAUCCAGACAGUUCUACAAAGUCUCCAUUCUGCUGCUGGGGUACCUGCUGCCGCUGCUGCUCAUCUGCUGCUGCUACACCAGGAUUCUCUGGCACCUUCAUAAAAAGAUGAAGAACAUGUCCAGGAAGUCCCAGCGCUCCAAACAAAAGACGGCUCAGACGGUCCUCCUGGUCGUUACAGCUUUCACCAUCUGCUGGAUGCCCCACCACAUCAUCGCUAUGUGGGUGGAGUUUGGCACCUUCCCUCUAAAUGAUGCCUCCUUAGCGUUUCGCAUCGUCUCCCACUGCCUGUCCUACGGGCAUUCCUGUGUGAACCCCAUCCUCUACGCCUUCCUGUCCAAGAACUUCCGCAGAGCCUUCUGUCAGGUCUUCAGCCACCUCUUCACGCACCAACCGCCAUCCAAUGGUACAGUUCGUCUGCGCAUGGACAACUUCUCCACCACACACUCUUCCACCAAUGUGUGAAGCAUUUGAUGGCAGGUGUAGCUGAUCAUGUCAGUUAACUCCUUCAGAUUACAUAACAACAGAAGCAUCAGUGUUUGGGUGCUCGGAUCACUGUUAGCCAUCACUUGUCCAGCCGCAGAAGAUCAAAAAGACGCUGACUUCACAGAGAGGUUAAGGAUUCAGAGAAAUGGGCCCUAAUUCAUUUCACAUUUCUGUUUUCUUGCGGUUUGAAUCCAUGAGAACAUGGACAGGGAAAACAAGAAAAUGUCAUAGGAACACACCUAAUGUUCCACUGUGUAUCAGCCCACUGCACCAAAUGAUGCUCCUUUGUUUGUGCCCUUUCAGCUACCUACAUAGGACGUUAAUCACUGAGGCUGCAUUUGUUUAGUCCCUGUUUGUUAUUUACUUUGUGCCAAAAACAAGUAGCUCUCUCAGUUUCUCCUAAAUCACAAGAUGUCAGGAGGAUUGAGGUCAGUUUCACCACAGUCAACCUGAAAAGACUAACAUUCUGCGAUGUCUGACAGCCUGAAGGAAUCCCAAACCAAACCGAAAACAAAGCCUGCACAAUAAAUCGCAAAUUUAUCGUUAUCUGAUGUCAAGCUGUGUAAUACGCAUAUCGCAAAAGAGGGCAAAAAUUGCGAUAAAUGGUUACCUUAAAUGUGCUAAAGCAAUCUUAUGGCAGCUUGAAGUAUUUAGCGACUCAAAUAAAUCCCUUUAUGCAUAAAAAAAUUAAGGCUCAGCCAUCAGAACAUUAAUGACCAAACCUCUCCCCCCUCCUUACUGUAAACGGGGCUGCGUCUUCUGAUGAAGUGUCUGAUGAAAGUCUGUUUAUGUCUCCAGAGGAAGCGUCUAGGUGAAAUUUAAUUGUGUGCAGUAGGGUUCCCCUUCUUCUUUUAAGUCCGAGCCAAAGCUGCUUUCCAGAUUCUGUAACAAACUUUUUGUCACUGGAUUCGUCCUCUGAAAUAUUACAUACAUGUCCAAAAUUUACUAAUCAGUACAAUGAAAUGAAUGUGAUGUAAAUGAAUGUCAGAGAUUGCUGUGAAUGUGAGCAGAAAGCCAGACUCAGCACUUUUCUUUUUCCCUCCUCUGUGUCUUUACUCUGACUAUUACACACACUUUGUAUUCUACUGCGUCUGUUCCUGAAUAAAGACAAUAUUCACAUCUCUAA